GAUUUCUUCCGCCCCGCGUCUCUGGAGACAGACGGAGCGCCGGCGCGGGGGUUAGGUGGCCUCUAGUGAGAUCGGGAGGUGAGUCGGACGGUGGCCGCGAAGAGGGGCUCGGAAGGCGGCAAGCGGGACGGUGGAUUCAAGGAUCUGUAGCUACCAUGUUGUCAAGACUUUUCCGAAUGCAUGGCCUCUUUGUGGCCUCCCACCCCUGGGAAGUCAUAGUAGGGACAGUGACACUGACCAUCUGUAUGAUGUCCAUGAACAUGUUUACCGGUAAUGAUAAGAUCUGUGGUUGGAAUUACGAGUGUCCGAAGUUUGAAGAGGAUGUUUUGAGCAGUGACAUUAUAAUUCUGACAAUAACGCGAUGCAUAGCAAUCCUGUAUAUUUACUUCCAGUUCCAGAAUUUACGUCAACUUGGAUCAAAAUAUAUUUUGGGUAUUGCUGGCCUCUUCACAAUUUUCUCAAGUUUUGUAUUCAGUACAGUUGUCAUCCAUUUCUUAGAUAAAGAAUUGACAGGCUUGAAUGAAGCUUUGCCCUUUUUCCUGCUUUUGAUUGACCUUUCCAGAGCAAGUGCGCUAGCAAAGUUUGCCCUCAGUUCCAACUCACAAGAUGAAGUAAGGGAAAAUAUUGCUCGUGGAAUGGCAAUUUUAGGUCCCACAUUCACCCUUGAUGCUCUUGUAGAAUGCCUUGUGAUUGGAGUAGGUACCAUGUCAGGGGUACGUCAGCUUGAAAUUAUGUGCUGCUUUGGCUGCAUGUCAGUUCUUGCCAACUACUUCGUGUUCAUGACUUUCUUCCCAGCUUGUGUGUCCUUGGUUUUAGAGCUUUCUCGGGAAAGCCGCGAGGGUCGUCCAAUUUGGCAGCUCAGCCAUUUUGCCCGAGUUUUAGAAGAAGAAGAAAAUAAACCAAAUCCUGUUACUCAGAGGGUUAAGAUGAUUAUGUCUCUAGGCUUGGUUCUUGUUCAUGCUCACAGCCGCUGGAUAGCCGAUCCUUCUCAAAACAGUACAGCAGAAAAUUCUAAGGUUUCUUUAGGAUUGGAUGAAAAUGUGUCCAAGAGAAUUGAACCAAGUGUUUCCCUCUGGCAAUUUUAUCUCUCUAAAAUGAUCAGCAUGGAUGUUGAACAAGUUAUUACCUUAAGUUUAGCUCUCCUUCUGGCUGUCAAGUACAUCUUCUUCGAACAAGCAGAGACAGAAUCCACACUCUCAUUAAAAAACCCUAUCACAUCUCCUGUGGUGACCCCCAAAAAAGUCCCAGAUGAUUGUUGUAGACGUGAUCCUAUAGUGGUCAAAAAUAACCAGAAAUUCCAUGCAGUGGAGGAGGAGACAAAGAUAAACAGAGAAAGAAAAGUCGAGGUUAUAAAACCCUUAGUGGCAGAAACUGACACCUCAAACAGAGCGACAUUUGUGGUUGGUGAUUCCUCCUUAUUUAGUACUUCAUCACCGGAACUAGAGACACAGGAACCUAAAAUUGAACUUCCCAAGGAGCCUCGGCCAAAUGAAGAAUGUAUACAGAUAUUUGGGAAUUCAGAGAAAGGUGCAGAAUUCCUUAGUGAUGCUGAAAUCAUCCAAUUAGUCAGUGCUAAGCAUAUCUCAGCUUACAAAUUGGAAACUCUGAUGGAAACCCAUGAACGAGGUGUAUCUAUUCGCCGACAGUUACUUUCCAAAAAACUUCCAGAGCCUUCUUCUCUCCAGUAUCUCCCUUAUAGGGACUAUAACUACUCCUUGGUGAUAGGAACUUGCUGUGAGAAUGUUAUUGGAUAUAUGCCCAUCCCUGUUGGAGUGGCAGGACCUCUGUGCUUGGAUGGAAGAGAAUUCCAGGUUCCAAUGGCAACAACAGAAGGUUGUCUUGUGGCCAGCACUAAUAGAGGCUGCAGAGCAAUAGGUCUUGGUGGAGGUGCCAGCAGCCGAAUCCUUGCAGAUGGGAUGACUCGGGGUCCAGUGGUACGUCUUCCCCGGGCUUCUAACUCUGCAGAAGUGAAGGCCUGGCUUGAGACACCUGAAGGGUUCACAGUGAUGAAGGAGGCAUUUGAUAGCACCAGCAGAUUUGCACGUCUGCAGAAACUUCAUAUGAGUAUAGCUGGGCGCAACCUUUAUAUUCGUUUCCAGUCCAAGUCAGGUGAUGCCAUGGGGAUGAACAUGGUUUCAAAGGGUACAGAGAAAGCACUUAUAAAACUCCGUGAGUAUUUUCCUGAAAUGCAGAUCUUAGCACUUAGUGGUAACUAUUGUACCGACAAGAAACCUGCUGCUAUAAAUUGGAUAGAGGGAAGAGGAAAGUCUGUUGUUUGUGAAGCCGUCAUUCCAGCCAAGGUUGUCAGAGAAGUAUUAAAGACUACUACAGAAGCUAUGAUUGAAGUCAAUGUGAAUAAGAAUCUGGUGGGCUCUGCCAUGGCCGGGAGCAUUGGAGGUUACAAUGCCCAUGCGGCAAACAUUGUCACUGCCAUUUAUAUUGCCUGUGGACAGGAUGCAGCGCAGAAUGUUGUUAGUUCAAACUGCAUUACUUUAAUGGAAACAACUGGUCCCACAAAUGAAGAUUUGUAUGUCAGUUGUACCAUGCCAUCUAUAGAAAUAGGAACUGUAGGUGGUGGGACCAACCUGCUCCCUCAGCAAGCCUGUUUGCAGAUGCUAGGUGUUCAGGGAGCGUGCAAAGACAAUCCUGGGGAAAAUGCCCGGCAGCUUGCCAGAAUUGUGUGUGGUACAGUAAUGGCUGGGGAGUUGUCAGUGAUGGCAGCAUUGGCAACAGGACAUAUGGUCCAAAGUCACAUGCUUCUCAACAGGUCAAAGAUAAAUUUACAAGACCUCCAAGGAACUUGCACUGAGAAAACUGCUUAAGGAGCCUGACAGUUCCGAACCGAAACACGGGCGUUGGGUUCUAAAGGACUGACAUAAAAUCUGUGAAUUAAAAAGCUCAAUGCAGUGUCUUCUUGAGGAUGAAUAGAUAUGAUCAGUGAGACGACUGCUUGGUGUUUGGCUCUUUCAGACAAGUCUGAGGUCCUUCUUUCCGUGCAGAUUCCUCAGAUCUGAAGACAGUUUAGUGCUUUACAUGCUGUGCUCUUUGGAGAGAUCUCAACAUGAAUAUUAUGCUAUAAGCAUCACAGAUGUUAAUCCACAGCUCACUUCUGAAAUAGAACACAAGCUGGAAAGAAGUGUUUUCUUUUGAUGAAAUUCAUGGAGUUCAUGGUGAUCAGUGUGAGAUUGAUCCUCCUCCCACUCCUCCCACGCCUGAGUUGAAAAUGGAUUUUUAAAUUAUAUUGUAGCUGACAAAACUCAUGAUUUCAAAGUUAAUUUAUUAAGCCUGGAUUGUAGAAUUUUAAGAAAUAAGAGCUAAGUUUAUUUUUUGUAAACUAAUACUUCAUUUGGUGCUGGUCUAUUUUGAGAUUCUUUUGGGGUAGCCAACAUGAUUCUUCGGAAGGGGACCUGCUUUCUUCAAAAGAAGAAUUACUCUUAUUCCCCAACUGCAGAAUAAUGUGCUAAGCAGUGCUAAAUAGUUCUCUAUCAAGAAAACAAAUCACUGCAUUUAUCUCUGCAGGCUAUUCAGAGGUCUCUUGUCGAAAUAUAAAUGUUUGUCUAGAUUGGCUAUAACGUAUCUUUCAACAUAAGGCUUUAAGAAACAAGAGUUUUGUGCUCUCAAAGAUACAAGAGCUCUUAAUAUUGCUUAGACAAAGGAGACUCUCUCUGUUUAUCAAGGACUUGUAUACAAGUCUAUGACCUCUCAGAACUCAGAGGUGGAAAACACAGGUUUGAAAGAAAAAUACCAUUUCUCUAAGCCAACUUUAAUUUCUUAAAAGAUACUUAAAUUUAUUUAGCUGAAAAAUCUAGAUAGUUUUUUUGUAAAGAAUUGUGUCAAAUCUAUAUAUGUUGUAAUGGAGCUUCUUAUGCUAGGAGUUUAUUAAAAGUGUUCAAGAAAUAAAUAAAAAUAAACUUGUAUACUGAUAAAAUACUGUAAGCUUAGGUCAGAGAAGAAUGGUGUUCUUUAAUUGUCCAGGAAACCCUAGCUUGCUUGUCGAGCCUAAUGAAAGUGUACGUCAGCUUUCAGAGCCAGUGAAGGCACCAUGUGAAUGGCCCCGGAGGAGCAUGCCUUGCUCGUUCCUGUGGCCAGGAGGUUGGUGACUGAAACAUUCACACAGUGCUCUUAGAUGGACCCAUAAAAGCUCUUAGCUUUCUCAGGGGGUCAGCAGAGGUGUCGAAUGUUAUUUUUUUUAAUGUACAAGUUUUGAAUAAGUAAUAAAAAACUUCUUAUUUUGUAUUACAUCUAAUGCUUCAAGUGUUGGUCUUGGAGAGCUGAUGGCUUGUGUAGAUGAUGGACUCUGAAAAACGUUCCAGUAAUACCAUGGCAGCAUGGGGAGCCUCUGAAUGGUUGUAUCCGCAGCAUUGUUGUGGAAGCUUGAUCUUUCCUGUUUGUAAAGUUUAAAUUGCUUUUGUUGUGACUUUUCAGCCGGUGACUUCUUAUUUAUCUGAACUUUUCAUGGAAGUGGCAAUGAAAAGUAUUUUGCAUCUUCAUUUUGGUGAUUGUAACCAAUAUCAUCUCACUAAAUUGUUUUGUACAAUUACUAAAUUGUAUACAUUUUGUUAUACUUUUUUUCCCCAGUUCCAGUAAAUUAUGAAAAAGAAGUGAAUACUACUAAAUGUAAGCAGUAACUUUUUUUGUUUGGAUUAACCCUCAGCCUGAGGCCUGGAAGCUUGUAAAGUCUGGCCAGAGUGGUAACCUGUAAUUCAUGCUAUUGGUGAAUUAUGACCUGUAGGUGAAUUAUAGGUCCUAAUGAUGAGCAUUUAUCAUUCUGUAUUAUAUUCCUCAACUUUGCAACAUUAAUGGUAGACUGGUAUUGUAUGUUCAUUAAAAUUAUCUUCCUUAUAC